AUGUCAGGCAAUACAAGCAGCGGCCCUGGUACCAUCCCGAGACAAGUCGCAAGACAAAUUAGGCAACAGAGCCAAACCCGAGGGCGUUCAGCAGGACGAUCCGGCCCAUCGAACUCUCAAACCAGUAGCCACCGAGCUGCUCCAUAUCAUAGCCCUAUCCGUUCUGGUAUGGGCAGCAGUCGCUAUGCCACUGCCUCAACUGAUGAGGAAGAAUCAUUUGAACCCGAUCUCAUGGAACUUGAUCCGAUGGAAAUCGACACCCCCGCCCAAGAGCCUGCACCAGCCAUCGCAGCGACUCGCAUGACCGAAGAACCUACCGAGAAUGGCAUCUACCGGCAUCUCUUUUACAUCCCCAUUCGAUCUCGCCCUAUGCCGACUCUAGACCUUGACGUGCUAACUGCCGCUCGGGCUGAAUUGACUCGUCUUCAGAGGGCGGGGAUGCCAAUUAUGGACGCACUUCUUGAGCGACCUGCACCUCAUGUCUACAUCCGUAUUGAUACUGACCAGCCCAACCGUGAUCACGCCAUUACUGAUGCCAAUCUUCGGAUGGGUACCAUGCAGGACAUGAUUCGAGAUGGCUUCGGCUGGUUUACGGGCUUGCCUUACCGCCAUCCACAUUUCGAAGUCAAGUUUCUUCGUGGUCGACGCCUCUAG